AUGAACUCAAAGCCUCUCACUUAUUGUGUUGUGUUCUUGGUAUACACCAAUUUAGUUUCUUCUACAUCACAAUCCUCUCUCAUCCACUUCAACUCCACAACAUCAAUCCUUAAUGUCACUUUACCACAUUCCUUGUCUCAAACUCUUGAGAAUUCCGCCCUCAAGACGUUAACCAGUCAACAUCAUACCGGUGCACUAUACCGGGCUAUUUUACCCAAAAAUCUCUCCGGCAUCGAAGUCUCCAUCGUCCGUCUCACCGGGAAGAGCCUCUGGAUCUCCGGGGCCAAGUUCAGCAACGUGCUUAUUCCGGCAAAGUCAGUUUUGGUUCCUCCUGCAAGGAGAGUUGCUAUUGUGUACCAAAAUCUAGGGAAUUGGUCUACUCAUUGGUAUACCGUAUCCGGUUAUCGUUUAAUAGAUUCUGUCUUAGGAUUUAGGGUGUUGGACGUUUCAGAUCAAAGAAACGUCAAAGAGAUCAGUCUAAAGAUGAAAAAUCCUGUAAAGAUUUCAUUUAAAGAUUUAUCUAAAGGCUGGGAUGAGGAAAUGAUGUCUAGAGUAAGAUGCGUGAGGUUCAAUGCACUGAUCAAAGACCAUGAAUCAGCUCAUAUAAGCCGAAUGGUUCUCCCGGGAGUGUGUUAUGGUUCGAGCCACGGUGAUUAUUCGGUGAUCGAGCCCUUAGAGAAGGAUAAGAAGAAGAUUGAGUCGUGGCGGACCUGGUGGUGGUUGUGGAUAAUGGGAUUUGCAUUAGGUUUCAUGGUGCUAGGGUUUCUAGGGCUUGCGUGUACAAUGGGGAUAAGGGUUUCACUAGCAAAGAAGAUACAAGUCAUGAUGGAGAAAGAAGCUAAUGAUGGUGAAGUGUUUAAGAGCAGAUGGGUUAGUGGAAGUAAAAUGCCAUCUGCAACUGUAACUAGAACCCUACCAGAGUACGAAUCCGGAUUUGAAACCGUGUCUCUUGGAUAA